AAUGCAGAUUUAAUGAGAGGGAUGAGAAUUGCCCUUGAAAUAUAUUUCUAGAAACAUUGAGGUUUCCCCACAAUUGAAAUACUUAAGAUAAAGCCAGUUUUGCUAUUGAAAUGAUGCUCAUACUGUAUUGGUACUUGUUUUUAAGAAGUAUUUUCAGCUUCCAUCCACUUUAAAAUAUGCACGCUUGAACCUCAAACCGCAGUGUAUCGAUGAUGUAAAUAACACCAACCUCCAGUCAAUGACUUUCAAACUUUAAACUUGUUCCUGUUUACACAGUCUCAUGAGUGAUUCUCUGCCAGGCUUGGUCCGCCAGCAUGGUAGACACCCAGAGCCAGUUCUGCCCGCCCUCCCCCUUGGAGAACACUGAUCUCGGGAGCCCGCUGUGUGCAGACUUCAUCCAGGACAUGAAGGACAUCCAGGACAUCUCGCAGUCUAUUGUGGAUGACAGUAUGGGCAUGUUCGAAGUUCACGAGUACCAGUCUUCAGGGAGAGGGUCAGGGUCCGAAGGCUCAACAAUAUUAGAUUCCCUUACGCCAGCGUCCAGUCCAUCCUCUGUGAUCUUCUCAGGGGCUCAAGCAGGCCUGGACGAGCUGUCCUCUGCUGCCCUCAAUCUGGAGUGCAGGGUCUGUGGGGACAAAGCGUCGGGCUACCACUAUGGAGUGCAUGCGUGUGAGGGCUGUAAGGGGUUCUUCAGGAGGACAAUACGCCUGAAGCUGGAGUACGAUCACUGUGAUCAUAGCUGUAAAAUUCAGAAAAAGAACCGCAACAAGUGCCAGUACUGCCGAUUCCAGAAGUGCCUGUCAGUGGGGAUGUCACAUAACGCAAUUCGUUUUGGCCGGAUGCCCCAGUCUGAAAAGAUGAAGCUGAAAGCAGAGAUCCUGACAUGUGAGAGGGAGGUCGAGAAUUCACAUCUGGCCGACCAGAAAACCCUCGCCAAGCAAAUUUACGAAGCAUACCUGAAAAAUUUCAACAUGAACAAAACAAAGGCACGAGCUAUCCUGAUCGGCAAGGCCAGCACCCCACCCUUUGUUAUUCAUGACAUGGAAACCUUGCGUCUUGCAGAGAAGACCUUGGUAGCCAAAAUGGUGGCCAAUGGGAUCCAGAACAAGGAAGCAGAGGUUAGAAUUUUCCACUGCUGCCAGUGCACCUCUGUAGAGACUGUGACAGAACUGACCGAGUUUGCCAAGUCAGUCCCGGGCUUUGUGAACCUCGACCUGAAUGACCAGGUCACCCUGUUGAAAUACGGAGUUUAUGAGGCUAUGUUUGCCAUGCUGGCUUCCAGUAUGAACAAAGACGGAUUGCUGGUGGCUUACGGGAAUGGCUUCAUCACGCGCGAGUUUCUGAAAAGCUUGAGAAGACCAUUUAGCGAGAUGAUGGAGCCCAAGUUUGAGUUUGCAAUGAAGUUUAAUGCACUGGAGCUGGAUGACAGUGACCUGGCCCUCUUUGUAGCUGCUAUUAUUUGCUGCGGAGACCGUCCUGGACUGGUGAAUGUAGCCCACAUUGAGAAUAUGCAGGAGAGUAUUGUACAGGUGUUAAACCUUCACCUCCAAACGAACCACCCUGACGAUGCCUACCUUUUCCCCAAGCUACUCCAGAAACUGGCCGACCUGCGACAGCUGGUGACUGAACAUGCCCAGCUUGUUCAGGAAAUCAAGAAGACAGAAGACAUGUCCCUGCAUCCACUGCUUCAGGAAAUUUACAGGGAUAUGUACUAACAAUUAGCAACCUCUGUUUGAUACUAAAAUAUUCCUCUCUCCAGCAAUAUUCCUUUUAAGGUGUUUGAUAAAAUAAUAUUGAUAAUAAUACAGUGCUCCCCUUUUAUAACGCUGUAGUCAUUAGCCAUAGUUGUGAGAGUGCUAUUUGUGUUCCACCUAAAAACAAAAAAAGAUAGUGCCAGUGUUGUGGCAUUAUGUGGCAAAUAGGUGCUAUGACCAUACCGCCUUAUAACCUGUUCCGCAGUGUAAAAGGUCUUCAUAUAAAUGGGGAGCAUUGUAAUAAGUUAAAUUAAAGGAGACCAAAGCCAUCAUCCCAAUAUUAUAACACUGUGCUAUUUAAUAGUGUAAUUCACAAAUUGUUUAUAUUUAGAUUACAUUGAGUAUUUUUAGAGUAUUUCUAAAAAUUCAACACAAGCAUUGGCUGCAUUUCCAAACUCAUAUAUAAGGUGGUUAUAAUAUAAGGCAAGUAUUUUGUAACAGAGUACUGCAUUUUGGUAGUUAGAGUUGUCACAUGAGGUCCUAGUCACGUAACUAACUGUUUUUAAGGAUUUUAUUUGAGUGUUUCCUGUUAGAUUAAACAGUACUUUGAAAAAGAAGAACCCACUUCUACUCUUCUGUGAAACAGUUGAAAAAUCUUUCAUAAAUCUGAUUAGGGCCCCAUGACCUAGUCCACAGAGGUGCACUGAACGACUGAAUCGGGGUAAUGUUCAGCAGUUCACAUGGCAAUACCAAAUUACAGUGAUCUGUAACUGUUUAUGUAGAAAUUGAUAAUUGUCAAAAACUGGUAAUGCUGUAUACAAAGCCUGGAUUAAAUGAAAAUGAUGGUGCCCCAAAGCCUUUACAAGGUUGGGCAGUGGCACUUUUAACUUUGAUCUAAUUCAGGCCGUAGUCAUAGUGUACAGAUUCUUCCCUAAAAUGAGUUCCUAAAACUCACAUAUAUAUACCAGUCCGUCCCGUCCCGUCCCGUCCCGUCCCCCCCCCCACACACACACACACACAUGCACAAACAAGUUGUUUUAACAAUGUAUGGAAACACAGAAGCAGAACGGGCUAUCCAAGGGUGUCUGCAUAUAUUCCAGCUCUUACUGACACACUUGUUUCCUAUAAAAAAUGUUUUAAAAAACUACUACUGAUAAUUCAGCUUUUAUUUGUUUGUUUUAAAAGCUUUUAAAUGUUAGGUAGUACUAAUACAUUUUAUUCUUGGUUGGUUGUACAUACCAAUGUACUAUUACUGUAUUGGAUCAUAUUUUUAUACAGAAGCAAAAAAAAAAAAAAAAAAAAAAAGUUUUAAAA